CCUAACAUGAGAGAAGUCGUUAAGAGUGAGAUCUUGAAGCUACUCGAUGCGGGUAUCAUAUAUCCGAUUUCAGAUAGUAAAUGGGUUAAUGUUGUCUUUGACUUCGAUGCUUCUUGUGUGAAGGCAUGGGAAGAACUCAAGACUCUCCUCACCACCGCUCCUAUAGUCCGACCACCAGAUUGGAAACUGCCGUUCGAGCUCAUGUGUGAUGCCUCUGAUUAUGCCGUUGGCGCUGUUCUAGGGCAACGUGUUGAUAGACUACCAUAUGUGAUAUACUAUGCUAAAUUCGACAUCGAAAUCCGUGAUAAGAAGGGGUGUGAAAAUGUGGUUGCUGAUCACUUGUCUAGAUUAACUUUAGAGUCUAUUCAUGAAUCUGAGCUGAUUAGAGAAUCAUUCCCAGAUGAACAGCUGAUGUCUAUCUCAGACCUUCCUUGGUUUGCUGAUAUCGUCAACUACCUUGCUGCAGGUAGGAUGCCCUCACAUUGGUCGAGACAAGACCGCUAUAAGUUUUUGGCUGAAGUUAAACACUUCAUCUGGGAUGACCCAUAUCUGUUUAAGUAUUGCCAGGACCAAAUCAUUAGGAGAUGUGUCCCCAACACUGAACAGAAAGAUGUGAUAUCUUUUUGCCAUGACCAGGCAUUCGCAGUUGAUUACGUUUCUAAGUGGGUAGAAGCCAUAGCAACCAGAACAAAUGACCACAAGGUGGUACUUUCAUUCCUAAAGGAAAACAUAUUCGCACGUUUUGGUACCCCUAGAGCUAUCAUCAGUGACGGCGGUUCACAUUUUCGUAACAAGUACUUUGAGUCUUUAGUACGCAAGUAUGGCAUAACUCACAAGGUUGCUACUCCGUACCACCCUCAGACUAGU